GUUGAAAUCCUGUUGGGGUUUGUGUGAUCCUGUACUUGUAGAUUUGGUACAGACACUGCAACUUCCUCCAACUGCGAGGCCUUUUGGGAGCUAAACACUAGCACAGGAAGUGUCAUUUCUUGAGCAAACAGCAGUUUGUGACUUUCGACAACAAUGGAGCAAGAGCUGCUGAUCGGAAAUGAAAGCCAUGUGAAUUAUGGAAGUGAACGUCUCCUUUCUCCCUCUGUCACCCAAGAUGCCUCUGCUCCUCACUCCUUGCCCCAUGAAGGACCCUCUUUACCCCCCAUGGAGCUGAUGGACAGGGCCCCUGAAGAUGAAGUGGAAGAGGCAGGAGAUCGUGGAAACAAAGGUUUAUCUCCCCCGGCUAAUGAGCGUUUCCACGGAGAGCACAAUGAUUCCAUUCCACCUCACGCAGACUUGAACAUUCUGUCUAUAUCUGAGCACAUAGCCAGAGAAGCCUUGGUACAAUACACAGCCCAUAAGUGCUGCUACAGAAUUGCCCCGGCAAAGCGUAUGGUGAUCCAGAACUUGACUCCGCUCAACACAUUCAGAUAUCGUCUGCAAACCUUCACUGAAGCCAGAGAAACAUUCCCGAUCAGCGAGCCUUAUGAUGGUGGAUUUGUGGACUCUUCUGAUGUUGCACCAGCACCUGCCCCCUGGGCACUAGCAGUGGAUGCACCACCUCUGUUUAUGGAUUGUGAAAUGCACAUUCCAGUGCCUCACACAUAUUCAGUACAGGAUUGUCCUAGUUGUCAAGGCCGUGGUAAAAAUCGGUGCCACUCGUGUAAUGGAUGUGGAAAGAGAAGGUGUACGGCUUGUAGUGGGACUGGCUGGCAAGACGCAUCCAAUCAGAGUUGUUUGUUUUGCUCAGGUUCAGGAAAGAGACGUUGCUCAAAUUGUCAUGGUUGUGGGUGGAGGAAAUGCAUCCGGUGCUAUGGAAAAGGCCUCUUGCUGUAUCAUUCUGAACUUACAAUCACUUGGAAGAACAGCAUUGCUGAAUAUGUUGUUGACAAGAAUUCUGGGUUUCCUAUUUAUCACCUGCAGGAAGUCACUGGGAAGGAAAUAUUUAGUGAUGAAAAUCAAGUGGUGUAUCCUAUAGUGAAUUUCCCUGAGCCAGCCAUCGAUCAGGGUUCAAAAUCAUGCAUUGCGCAACACCAAAUGCAGUUUGCCUCCAGUAGUCGUAUAUUGAGACAGAAACAAACUAUCGAGCUGAUUCCACUCACCAAGGUAGACUAUGACUGGAGAGGAAAAAUCUAUUCCUUCUAUGUCUUUGGAAAGGAAAAUAAAGUGUAUACAGAGGACUACCCAGGAAAGUGCUGUUGUUCAGUCAUGUGAUUCACAGAUAAGUCCUAAGUUCUGCUAAGAAAGAAACAGCCCAUCAGGCAGCAGAGCAGAUCUGGAAUUAUUUAUUCUCCUUAACAGAUGGAGCAACUCCUUCCUUUCCAGCUUUCACUGGACAUCAGAUUUAAAGCUCUUCACCCACAGCAUUAUCAUGGACAGUGAUGGGUGUGUCUCGGUGCAAUUGCAAUUUAUGCAGGAGAUUACAGUGUUUCAAUUAAACAGCAGAACACUUCUUUAAUGGCUCUGUGUUUAUAAAGAUGAAGCUGUGUUUAUAAAGAAGACGCAUUGUGACAAUGAAGAGUGAGACAGUGCUAGUAUAUUGUAUGAUGGAGAUUUGAAUUGGAGCUUUUGGUUUUCUUCUCCAUAGUUUUGCAUUGAUACAUUUGGCUUGCUAAAUGUCUCCUUUAAGUUCCUCUGCGUGAAAUGCAUAGUCUAAAGGAUGGAAAUAUAAACAGCUUCAGGUAACUUUCUUACAGGGUUUAAAAUGAAGGCAUGUAAUUUUCCAAAUACACUAUGGCUGUGUCUAGACUGGCCAGUUUUUCUGGAA